CGUUCACAAAGAAAUCCCUUUGAAAGUUUGAUCAAACUUGCGUAAUUUCCGUUCACAUUUCAUCUCGCAAAAACAAUGGAUAGAGCUUUUCAACGAACCAAAAUCAUCAGCGAUCAUCUCUUGCAAUCAAAUUCUCCUCAUAUUAUUUCCGCAAACGCCUGCUUAAGCUGCUCUCCCCCAGAACUCACUGAAGUUUCACAUUUUGACAUCAAAGAAAUGCGGAAACUGCUGGAUGGUCACAACUUGGAAGACCGAGACUGGUUGUACAAUCUGGUCAUACAAAGCAAACUGUUCAAUCCCAGGCAAGUGGGAGAGAAAGUGUUUGUAUCGCCUGAUUAUAAUCAGACGAUGGAGCAGCAACGAGAGAUGACCAUGAAGAGAAUUGCCUACUUGUUUGAAAGAGGGGUUUUUCAAGGCUGGCUUACCGGCAAAGGAAUCGAAGCUGCUUUGAGAAAAAUAGCUCAAGCUGAAGUUAUUGAAAUGUUCGACCACUCGCUCAGCGUCAAGAUGGGUGUUCACUUCUCAUUGUGGGGUGGGGCCAUAAAGUUUUUGGGGACGAAGCGACACCAUGACAAGUGGCUGAAAGACACUGAGAAUUAUGUGGUAAAAGGUUGCUUUGCAAUGACGGAGUUGGGACAUGGAAGUAAUGUUAAAGGAAUUGAAACAGUUACCACUUAUGAUUCAAACACUGGAGAGUUUGUUAUAAACACUCCUUGUGAGUCAGCUCAAAAAUAUUGGAUUGGUGGAGCAGCCAAUCAUGCAACUCAUACGGUGGUCUUUUCGCAGCUUGAAAUUAAUGGGAAAAAUCAAGGGGUUCAUGCAUUCAUUUGCCAGAUCAGGGAUGCAGAUGGUAAAAUCUGUCAUAAUAUCCGGAUAGCUGAUUGUGGUCAUAAAAUUGGGUUGAAUGGUGUUGAUAAUGGUCGAAUUUGGUUUGACAAUGUCCGAAUUCCUAGGGAGAAUUUGUUGAAUUCAGUUGCUGAUGUUUCACCUGAUGGAGAAUAUCUUAGUGCAAUCAAAGACCCAGAUCAGAGAUUUGCAGCUUUCAUGGCCCCUUUAACAUCUGGUCGUGUAAAUAUAGCAUCAUCAGCAGUGCACAUAUCAAAGAUUGGCUUAUCAAUAGCUAUAAGGUAUGCAUUAUCAAGGCGGGCAUUCUCUAUUACACCAAAUGGGCCUGAAAUCUUGUUGCUUGAUUAUCCAAGUCAUCAACGGCGACUACUGCCUCUCCUUGCAAAGACAUAUGCUAUGAGUUCUGCUGCAAACCACAUGAAGAUGAUAUAUGUGAAUAGGACACCUCAGUCAAACAAAACCAUUCAUGUUAUUUCAAGUGCAUUCAAGGCUACUUUUACCUGGCACAAUCAGCGAACACUACAGGAAUGCCGUGAAGCAUGUGGAGGACAAGGCCUGAAGACUGAAAAUCAUUUUGGUCAUUUGAAAAGUGAAUUUGAUGUGCAAUCUACUUUUGAAGGGGACAACAAUGUCCUGAUGCAGCAGGUUAAUGUCUAUGGUCUUCUCUUUUAUAAAUUAUGACAAAGAAUUGCAACAUAUCGCUAUUAAUUGUUUACAAGUGACCUGCAUAUCUAUAUACUACAUUUUUUGUUGGAGACAGGAAUAGGUAUUAGAGAAAAUGUUAGAUUCUAACUUAACGUCUUCCGAAAUGACAUGAAUUUUUGUUUAAUAGCCUUCCCAAAAGCGUUGGGGAGUAAGAAGACUUUUGCACUUGAUCUUUUAUUGAAUUAGUUUAUAUUUCCUCCAUGUU